UAAUAUUUCUUCAAAAACAAAAACAAAAACAAAAACAAAUGCAGUUAAUGGUGGCAGGGAAAAUCGCAAUCAGGCGCGAUACAAACGCGUCAUUGUGAAUGGCGCUGCUAGUGAUAAAGGUGGCUGCAAAUUUUCGGUUUCAUACCAGACAUAAACUGUGCUUAAAAUGGAUGUUACAAUAAAAAAUACUUACGUUCGCUGAUUAAGCGUAACUGAUUUUACUUUACCGAUGGUUUAACAAAGAUACGGGGGCAAUAAUUGAAAGAAGAACGAUGAGAGUGAUCGAAUCCCGGCACGAUUGUCCGUAAAAUCCUGCCUACAUACCAUCGUGAUGGUUGGUUUGCAGCGUGGACAACCGUUCCGCAACACCCGUGGUGGAUGAUCUUAGCAUUGGCGGUGGGUGUUCGUGUCAUGUGUCCGCGUAUUACCUGUGUUGGCAAAGUGAGGAUGUAACAUAAAGAUUGCCAUUCCUCACGAACGCAUACAUAAAUAUGUGCGUUCAAUGCAUCUGUAAAAGUUACAUAUCUGAAAACCAUUGUUGUACAUACCUUCGUACUAGAACAGGAAUGAAGUUUGUGCGCUACUACUUUGACACGAUGACACAGUUGUUGUAUCAAAACGUGAUCCUCCUGUGAAUGAAGCCUUUUAAAUGAAAGUUUACACCUUGUUUAGAGCGAUUAAACGCAACUUGUCAGCCAGCAAGGAAACUAGACUAACGAAUCCGAUGGAUCUUCCGAAAUUUCUCUACAUGUUAAGAUUAUUUCUUAGAAAUUCACCGUAACUGGGAGUGCCGCUAGACCGCGGUUGAACAUGCUCCGGAAGGAUUGGACCGAAUUUCACGUUAUACAUUGUAUACAAGAAAAAGAUUGGUUUUUUACUUUUCAAAAGAAGAAUGCUACCAUGAACGAUUUAUCUAAAAUCUUACGGAUCUUACGAAUUCUUCGUAAAUAACAUGUGAAGUUUCAAUUAAGGAGGACUCGAACAAUGUCUUUAAUGAAACUAGCAUGAAAAUGUACCGCGAUGUUAAGUGGCCUCUGUGAUGUAUUGCGAACGAUGCUUAACCUAACUUUUCAGUCGACGCUCCGACACGGCGUUUUCUUGCGAGUACAUGAUAUUCUAUCGAUAACGAACUCGUAACCAAACGAACGUAAAUCACGAAAGAUUGUCAUUUCUUUUAUAUUUUCGUUCUUUUUCCUUCUUCGAUGGAUCAAGUGCCGUUCUCGUCUUUUUCGCGUUCUUCUGUGUAUCUAAUUUAUCGUAAAACAUGAGACGUGAUCGUAAUUUUAUAAAACUGAAAAUACUUUUUAUUAACUGUACCCUCGAUUUUCUCGUGGAACAGUAUAAAGGUUAAUUUGACAGUAUUUCUGCAAAUAUGUUCUUAACGGUUUUACGUCCAACGUUUAUGUUCAAAUUGAAAUGCAGGUUUAUUUAUAUUUUUUUUUCUCUUCGACCGUGAUUUUUCUACCACUUGCCAGUGCCUGUAUAAGACGUGUCUGUUAAUACUCGUUACAAGAAUAUGAGUAGUAAAAUAUACUUGUACAUACAUAUAUAUAUAUAUAUAUGUUUCAUCGCUUGUAAUUGGUGAUCCAUCUCCAGACUUUGAUAAAUUUUUUAUAGCAAAGGUGAUGGGUACAACCUGACAUUUUAUUAUCUGAACCUUAUCCGUGCGAAAAACUUACCUGCAUACUAUGGUAUGCGGUUUCUUUAUCCUUGUGCUUUUAAAACUGGAAAAGAAGUUUAUGGUUAUCAAUCGCCAGACAAUUAGAUGGAAAUCUUGUAUGGUAUUCAAUUUUGAAUCGUGUUGUGCGUGAAUUUUAUCAAGUUCCACUUUUGUGAAUGUUAUGUACUAAUUAUUGCAUCGAACCGGCGAUGGUUUAUAGUGACAUUAUUAUGAAAUUGUAAUCGCAUGGCAAACCAUCGCGAAAGAAGAUAUAAAGCUCCAUGAGUUGGAUAAUAGAAAGGACACAUGCUCUGGGAAUUAAUGGGUAUAUGCUUUUCCUGCAGGAGACCUACAGGCAGCAGGUUAAAUAAUAAAAUCUCAGAGCAUAUCUCAGCAUCGGUAACACCCCUCCAUGUUUGUCUGGAGGAACAAAGAGGACCAGAACUGGGCUCUUGCAACGCCUCGGCUUGUAGGCCACAGGCGCAAAGGUUAUUUGAAACGCAGGAAUCAGAAGAAAGGUGUGGCGAAGAAGAAGCGGAGAGUGAAAUCAUUGGAACUGAGGAAGAAGAUUUGAAAUUUAGUCAGCUGAGUAUGGCCAACACUAUCAGUAAUAUGAAGAUGACGAAUCGUAUCAAGGGGCUUGUAAGCAAACGUCGUAAGCGGUUUACAGAAGAUGGUUUUGACCUUGAUCUCACGUAUAUAAGGGAUAAUUUAAUAGCAAUGGGUUUUCCAGCUGAGAAAUUAGAAGGAGUAUAUAGAAAUCACAUAGACGAUGUUGUUAAAUUGUUGGAAUUUAAACACAAAGAUCAUUAUAAAAUUUACAAUCUAUGUUCCGAAAGGUCGUAUGAUUUUAAGAAAUUUAAACAAAGAGUAGCCACUUAUGCGUUUGAUGAUCAUAAUCCACCGAUGCUGGAUCAGAUCAAACCGUUCUGCGAGGAUGUAGACGAAUGGCUUUCUCAACAUCAAAAGAACGUAGCGGUAGUUCAUUGUAAAGCGGGUAAAGGUCGAACAGGUGUAAUGGUUUGUUGUUACCUUCUUCAUACUAAACAAUUUCUCACUGCCACGGACGCUCUUAACUUCUAUGGAACUAAAAGGACACACGAUAGGAAGGGUGUAACAAUACCUUCUCAGAGGAGGUACGUGGAUUAUUAUGCUACUCUUGUCCAAGAGAGAUUGAAUUAUCAACCAGUUACAUUAUUAUUACGAAGAAUACAAUUAGAUCCAGCGCCCAUAUUUCACGGAGGUCAAGGAUACUUGCAUUGCGUUAUAUCGGAAUCGAAGAAGAGGAUAUUUAGUUCCGACAUAGUGGAAGUACGAAAAGGAAUGCAUUGUGUUAGUAUUCCGUUGAAACACAGCGUACCGUUGACGGGUGAUAUUCGAGUCGAUUUCUUUAACAGACCAAAAAUGAAGCGAAAGGAGAAAUUGUUUCAUUUUUGGUUCAAUACCUUUUUCGUGCGAGAUUACUUAACGUCAACGUCAGAGUACGAUAACGGAGAGUUACCAGUUGAACGUUCGACAAGGGCAUUGAGUUGCGACGGUACAACUAUGGAAUUACCAAUGGUUAUGUCGCAUAUGAAACCCAGGGCUGGAUCGUUAGCUAGUCUCGGACCUAUGCCACCCACUCUUUUUUUAAGCAUAGAUAAAUGGGGUUUAGAUGACGCACACAAGGACAAACAAAAUAAAGCGUACAGUGCAGAUUUCAGGGUUAGCUUAUUUAUGGAUCGAAUGGGUGGUAGCGGUGUGUCAGCUACGACGAAUAGAACAGGAGAAAUAGGAAUGGGAGGAACAGGUAUACAGAUAGGAGGAAUGGGCGGACAAGAAAGCCCUAGCGAGUCCAGCGAAGCGGACAGUAGCGAAUGUGACACGACCGGAGAUACAACGGGAGAUGAAGAUGGGGAAUCUGGUGAGUCCUCUGCAUCUCUGGUGGUGAAUCACCAUCUUCUUACACACAGCAGUAGCCGUACACACGUUAGUAUCCACCAAAGAGCUAGUCUCAGAGAAACUGCAAAGGGUUUACUCUCGCGUGGGGAUAAAAGUAGAAGUAGUCAUCGACAGAGUACUGGCAAUGUGAAACGUUCUUCGGCUCUCGUACGUUCAGCCACAUUAGACACGUAAUAUAUUUUAUCGUAUUUUGUACUUAACACAGCUGAGUUCUCUGAACUGGCAUUCAAGCUUUACAACUUUACGUGAAAACAUUUUUUACAACAUAUUUUAGCUUUUCUUUGUCAUGCUAGCAUGAAACCAUAGCAUUCGAUUACUACUUAGUUGAAACGUAUCGAUUUUUACUUUUAUCGUUUGGUAAAUAUUUUAACAAUGUCGGAUGGACGCGUAUUCGACGAUUAAUCGAUCUGUUUGAAAGAAUUUAAAAGAAUUUCCAAGAUUCGAUUAUAGUUUCAAUGUUAGCUCGAAGGAUCAGUACGAUUUCUGUUACAUUGAAUACAUCGAAGAUUCCAUUGAACGUUCCGAGUUGAAGGAAUCGUAAAACAGAGUAUCGUGUUUCUUUUUUUCUGUUUCCUCUCGUAGCGUCUACUAUUUGCAAAAUACAAAGGUGUUCCAGUAUUCGAUGGAUUACGAUUUUUAACAUACGUUAUUGGGUAUUUAUUUAGAAGCGAAUAAGAAAUGUGUAUCUAAUAUUACGUACGACCUUGAUGUACAUUCUAUAUAUUUUCAUUCGAUUUUUCGAGUAUAUCGUCUCGGUGACUGUUUAUUAUUAUUAUUAUUAUUAUUACUAUUACUAUUAUUAUUAUUAUUAAUAUUAUUAUUAUUAUUAUUACAAUUACAAUUAUUAUUAAUCAUUUUAGUAGUUGAAUUUAACGUCGAACAAGAGAAUCUUCAAACGACGUAUAUGUAACGAUGUACUAUGUACGAGACACUAGUAUUUAUUUCGAAAUUGUGUAAUGGAACCGAUUUGUAAAGGUUCAUUGACCAGUACGACUAGUACGGGGACAAGAAACGCGACAAUUUAUUAUACUCGUAUCAGUUUUUACCUUACGUUUCUGCUUGUUGUACCUAUCUAUUCUUUCUUCGUGGCAUUAAGAUGAGAACGGACGAGUUAAAUGUAUCCCGAUUGCCUUACAUCCUGUGAUCGUAAACAUUUUUGCAAGUAGCGCGAAGCUGAUUCUUCGUUAUAGCCUCGAGUGGACAAGUUGAUAGUCGCGUCAAAAUGCUUGUACGAUAACGUGUUUACGCGUGUACAGAAAACAAAUUUCAUUCUCUCGAUAUUCGUAAAUAGGAAUAUGUUAAAUGUAAA